UAAUAAUUAAAGAAAAUGGACAAAAACGCAUACUCUGGUAUUUCCUUUCCCCCUCCCUUAAUUAACCAUCGUUCUCAUCGCAGCUUUUUGUAUCGUCAUCACAAAUUAAAACAAAACUGACGUUACGGCGGAUUUGUUUCCUUAAUUUCUUAAUUAGAUCCGCACCCCUCAUGAAAUCUUAAUACGCCAUUAGGAACAUUAAUAAUUAAUGCAGUAAUUCCUUCCGAGGUAGAAGGAAUCACAUGGAGAAUCCGAUCGCCGCCACCGCAAGGUCGUGCCGCAACAAGUUUUGGUUCGUAUUCUUUUCUGUCAUGUUCCUGUUUUGGUACCUAUUGAUCUACGGCCUCGAUUGGUUUUCUUUUCCUGGAACCUCAUUUUUGUUCAAACAAUCAUCCAUUCCAUUUGCCCUGGAUCCAAAUGCCACAAACCCGAAAAACUCGGAGUUGAUGAAAGCAAUAAUCUCCAAACAAGAUGAUGAAUCUGUAAUGCAGGAUUCAUGUUCAGGGAGAUAUAUUUAUGUGUACGAUUUGCCCAGUAGAUUCAAUGAUGAUCUGAUUAGAGAAUGCAAAUUGUUGAGUAAUUGGGUCGAUAUGUGUGAUUAUUUGGUUAAUAUGGGGUUUGGUCAUGAUCUUGGGAACCCCCAUAGGAUUUUCCAAGACAAAGGAUGGUUUUCCACAAACCAAUUCUCGCUAGAGCCCAUUUUCCAUGCCCGAAUCAAGCGUUACGAGUGUUUAACGAACGACCCCCGCAGUAGCGGCUGCCGUCUUCGUCCCGUACUAUGCGGGUCUGGACGUCGGCCGCUACUUGUGGGGCGGUUUCAACACCUCGGUCCGUGAUUCGGGCGCUCGGGCCCUCGCCAAAUGGCUCAGGGGAAGGCCCGAGUGGAAUGUCAUGGGCGGGAAGGACCACUUCAUGGUUGCGGGCCGGGAUAACGUGGGACUUCCGGCGGUUAGACGACGACGAUUCCUCGUGGGGGAACAAGUUGAUGUUGUUGCCGGAGUUUCAGAACAUGUCAGUGUUGACCAUCGAGUCAAGUCCUUGGAGCAAGAACGACUUCGCCGUCCCCUACCCGUCGUACUUCCACCCCUCCACCGACGACCAAGUUUUCCGGUGGCAGAGCAGGAUGCGCCGGCUACGGCGGCGCACUCUGUUCUCGUUCGCCGGAGCUCCGAGACCCAACAUGGAAGAGUCCAUCCGGGGUCAGAUCAUCCGGCAGUGUCUCCGAUCAACCAAAGGGAGGUGCAAGCUCUUGGAAUGCCGGCCGGAAACCAAGAAAUGCGACAAUCCAUAUAACCUCAUGAAGAUGUUUCAGAGCUCUGUUUUCUGCUUAGAACCUCCGGGGGAUUCGUUCACGAGAAGGUCAACGUUUGACUCGAUUCUGGCGGGCUGUAUCCCGGUGUUCUUUACUCCGGCGUCGGCUUACGUGCAGUAUAUAUGGCACUUGCCGAGAAACCACACCAGAUACUCUGUUCUGAUACCGGAAAAUGACGUCAGAGAGAAUAAGGUGAGCAUCGAGAGGAUUCUGUCUGAGAUUCCGAAAUCUCGGGUUGCUGAAAUGAGAGAGGAGGUGAUCCGGCUGAUUCCCAGAGUGGUUUAUGCGGAUCCAGGAGGAAGAUUGGAGAGGUUUAAGGAUGCUUUUGAUUUGACGGUGGAAGGAGUGAUAAACAGAGUGGGAAAGCUGAGGAAGGAGAUGAAAGAGGGGAAGGGGGAAUCAGGUUUUGAUUUUGAGGAAGAGAACAGUUGGAAGUAUUAUACGUUUGAGACGUUAGAGAAGCAUGAAUGGGAUCAAUUUUUUAGAAGAUCAAUGACUCAAUGAAAUAGUGGGAUUUUUAUUCCUUUUGUAGAAAAUGUUUACUUACUUGUACACGAUAUUAAUUUUACCACUUGAAUAUGUAUAUAUAUAGAACUCUUCUUGUCAAGCUGGCCUGACGGGAAUCUCCGUCCAGCCGAGCCCGUUUGGGCACUUUCCCGGUGAAUUUUUUGAUGAAGUUUUUUUGAGCAUGUUUUUCAUCUAGUCUAGUUUAUCCAUACCAUUCAACUAAAAAUUCAAUCGGGAAGACACUCAAAUCAUUUUUU